CUGGUGAGUUGGCUGUUCUGCUAGCAGUAGUACACAGCACAUGCAUGCAUGUGGUGGACUGUCUGCUUGUCAUCAGGCAACUAAAUGGAGAAAAAUCUGGCUAUAGCGCACUUAUAACAGUGACGGAGCCUGUUUGAUCCCCCAAGCAGGUCUUAAAAUAUUCGAGAGUAACCAUGCCUGUCAAGUGUAGCUCCAGUUGCGGUAAAAACGCUAUCCUGAAGAGACCGAAGACUGGCGAUGCCUUAUGCAAGGACUGUUUCUUUUGGGCAUUUGAAACAGAAGUUCACAACACAAUUGUGAGCGGCCACCUCUUCAAAAAAGGAGAUACUGUUGCUGUAGCUGCAUCAGGGGGGAAGGACUCAACAGUUCUUGCCUAUGUUCUUAAAGUACUAAAUGAAAGACAUGACUAUGGACUCAACUUAGUUCUCUUGUCAAUUGAUGAGGGAAUUACAGGGUAUCGCGAUGAUAGUUUAGAAACAGUCAAACAAAAUAGAGAUGAUUAUCAGAUGCCACUGAAAAUUCUCUCCUAUGAAGAAUUAUUUGGUUGGACCAUGGAUGCCAUUGUUGGUCAGGUUGGUCGAAAGAAUAACUGUACCUUUUGUGGUGUCUUUAGAAGGCAAGCUCUAGAUAGAGGUGCAACUCUGCUUGGAGUAAAUUGUGUUGCCACUGGCCACAAUGCAGAUGACCUGGCAGAGACUGUCCUUAUGAAUAUUUUACGAGGAGACAUUGCCCGGCUGCAACGUUGCACAUCCAUUAUAACUGCAAGUGAAAGUGAGGGCUCAAUACCCAGGGUGAAACCAUUGAAGUACACCUAUGAAAAGGAAAUUGUGAUGUAUGCUUACUUUAAAAGAUUAGUUUACUUCAGCACAGAAUGUGUUUUCGCUCCCAAUGCAUAUAGAGGCCAUGCACGGGCAUUUUUGAAAGACUUGGAAAAAAUUCGUCCCUCUGUAAUUAUGGAUAUUAUCCACUCAGGGGAAAGUCUACAAGUUAAAGAUGAUGUUAAAUUACCAGUGCGUACUCAAUGUACAAGAUGUGGAUCUGUAUCAUCCCAGGAGCUGUGCAAGGCAUGUGUCCUUUUGGAAGGACUAAAUCGUGGAUUACCCAAACUUGGAAUAGGGAAAACGAGUCUAGCUAACCGAGCAAGAGAACAGCAAGACGCUCAGAAGACAAGGAUAGUGAACUGUGAUUUUUAAGUUAAAACAACUAUGUGGAAAAAAAUCUCUCCUAAAACAAAACAAAAAAAUCAAGAUGGAUAACUUUUACCACAACCUCAUAGUUUAUAUUCAUUAAAAUUAAAACAAUUUUAAUUA